UACACCGUACCGGAAGGUAGAUCGGAGGUCCAACAUCUAACGUGACGCGACGGUAGCUCAGACUUUCACAAUUACAUAAACGCUCCAGCGGCUGUAGCUCUCCCUAAUAACAAAUAGUACUAAAGUUAAACUGUGCCUUUUCACCACAAUGGCUUCAACAACCACUAAAGAAACAGAGAAGCACUGCGUCCUAUGCUGCCAAGAAGUCAAUAUCUUCGCCUUGGGAAAAUGCGACCACCCAGUUUGUUACCGCUGCUCCACCAAAAUGAGGGUCCUGUGCGACCAGAAGUACUGCGCCGUCUGCCGGGAGGAGCUCGACAAGGUGGUGUUCGUGAAAAAACUGGAGGCCUUCUCGUCUCUGCCCUACCAGCAGUUCCCCUGUGAGAAGAAGCACAACAUCUAUUUCUGUGAUGAGAAAAUCUUUGCCCAGUAUAGGCAUCUGCUGUUGCCAGAAUGCCUCCGCUGUUCAGAGCCGAAGGUCUUCUCCAAGUUUGAGGAGCUUGAGCAGCACAUGAGGAAGCAGCAUGAGCUCUUCUGUUGCAAGCUCUGCACAAAGCAUCUCAAGAUCUUCUCCCAUGAGCGUAAAUGGUACAACCGUAAGGAACUGGCACGUCACAGAUUACAUGGAGACCCAGACGACACCAGCCACAGAGGACACCCGCUCUGCAAGUUCUGCGAUGACCGUUACCUUGAUAAUGAUGAGCUGCUUAAACACUUGCGCAGGGACCACUACUUCUGCCAUUUCUGUGAUGCAGACGGUUCCCAGGAAUACUACAGUGAUUACCCGUACCUGAGCGAGCACUUCAGAGAGAGUCACUAUCUGUGUGAGGAGGGCCGCUGUGCCACAGAACAGUUCACCCAUGCAUUCCGCUCUGAGAUUGACUACAAGGCCCACAAGGCUGCAGCACACAGCAAGAACCGAGCAGAGGCUCGACAGAACCGCCACAUCGACCUGCAGUUUAACUACGCCCCGAGACAACAGAGGAGAAAUGAAGGUACGGUGACAGGCGAGGACUAUGAGGAGAUGCGUCAGACUCGAGGAGGAAGAGGAAGGCCUCACGCGGGACAGAAGAGCUGGAGAUACAUCCGAGAUGAAGAGGACAGGGAGUUGGCAGCGGCUAUGAGGGCAUCCAUGGCAAAGCAUAGACAGGAGGAGAGAGGAGCGAUGCAGGAGAGAGGAAGGAUCGCUCCCAAACACUGCAGAGAGGAGAGGACGGAGAGAACAGAACCAGAAGAGGCCAGACACAGGACCGGACACAUCAAACCAAUAAGCAAACCUCCAGUAAGAACGAUGAAGACCGCUAAUCUAGGUGAUGAAGAAGACGACUUCCCAGCUUUAGGAGCCAGAGCUGCUCCAGCCAUUGUAAAGCCAUGUCAUGUGCCGCUAACAGCAGCCCAUGCAGCUCUGAAGGAAGAUGACUUCCCUAGCCUCUCAGCUGUAUCUGUUGCAUCCCCUAUGACCCCAGCUUACUCUGCCCAGCCUAAGAAGAAUUCCUCUUUCCAGGAGGAGGAUUUUCCAGCGCUUGUGUCCAAAAUCCGGCCCCUCAAACAUGCAGCUGGCACCAAGUCUGCUUGGUCCAACCAUACUGCUGUAACUAAACCCAACACUCAACCCCCACCGUCCUCAAGACCACCUCCUCCUCCUCUCUCAACUUCAUCUUCUGGCCCUCAGCUCCUCUCCUCAAACUCUUCAUCUUCACGGAGGAAGAAAAAGGUAGGCGAGAACGGAAAACCAACAUCUACCCGGUCUCCUCCUUCAUCUGAUGAUGAUAACAACGGGGGAGGAGUGACUCAGCAAGAGUUCCGCUCAGUGCCCACCAUGAUGGAUAUCUCCUCUUUGCUCACUGUUAAAGGAGGCAAGAGCAAACCCUCCGCUGUGACCACCAACCCUCCAAAUCCGACCCCCAACACUCCCCCUACCUCCAAAGCCAGCAAGAAGAAAAAAACGCAGAAGAACACGGCUGAUCCCUCUACGUCUGUGUCUUCAGUGUCAGGGACGACACAAACUGUGGUUGCAAACUCAGUGGAAACAGCGGCACAAAAGGAGAACGUCCCUGAGAAAAGUUGGAACAAACCCCCCUCCAGUGCUGCGACAGCACCACUGAUGAGUGGAUUGGCUAAUGGCCACCCUGAGAAAUCACCACCCAUUAGUAAGGAGGCAGUUGCAAUAACCCUCCAUCCCAAGCCAGAUCCCCCUCUUGAUCAAGAGGAAGAGUUCCCUGCUCUCAUGACCAAGAACCCCCCACCAGGCUUCAAGUCCUCCUUCCCGCUGAAGGCCUCAGCUCCUGCCCCAUCCCCAGCUUUGCCCCCACCUCCACCUGGCCUGGGUAUCUCAGCCACUAAACCUCCCCCUGGAUUCACUGGGAUCCCCCUCAACAGCAAUGUGGUGGAGCCCGCUCAGUCUGCAGUCAACCCGCCCCCCAAGGUGUCAAGCAGUGGUUACCUGGUGCCAGAGGACUUCCAUCAGAGGAACCUGGAGCUAAUCCAGUCCAUUAGAAAGUACCUCCACAACGAUGAGUCAAAGUUCAACCAGUUCAAAAACUUCUCUGCACAGUUCAGACAGAGUGUGAUAUCAGCAGUCCAGUACCACAGCAGCUGUAAGGACCUGCUCGGAGAUGACUUCAACCGCAUCUUCAACGAGCUGCUGGUGCUCUUGCCAGACACUGGCAAGCAGCAGGAGCUCCUGACUGCCCAGGCAGACUGUAAGGCGCUGGAGAAGCAGUCAGGCACUGGAGGAGGAAAGAAGAACAAGAACAAGAAGAACGCCUGGCAGAUGCCGACCGCAUUGGCUAACGCAGCAGCUGAGUUGGACUGCCAGGUGUGCCCCACUUGCAGACAGGUACUGGCCCCUAAAGACUUCAACUCCCACAAAACCCUGCACACUGGGGAGAAUGAGGAGUUCCCUUCCUUGCAGUCAAUUAGCCGUAUCAUCAGCUAGCCCCUCGUUUUCCUCAGCUCCGUUUGCCAUUGUGGGUCAGGUUUUCAGUUGCCCAUGCAGCAGCCAGUGUGGAAAACAGCAGCCUGUUUGUUGGGGACCAUGUCCCAGUGGAGUUUGGGGCUUAUAGCUCAUAACAAAUUGGAAUUUAAGAUGGUUUAUGGUGUUAUUACUUUCUAAGGGGAUCAUGUUGAUAGGUUUAUGUGAAUGGUUUCACAGUUUAAACACAGUGUUGCCCCGUCUCAGCUCUUAUUUCCUCUCGCAUCCCUCGAGGACGUCUCCAGCUGGCACUGGCACCGGCAACAUCUAACUAGAACUGUUGAUUUUAUUUAAUGAAAGAGGAGAGACAAGCUAAGGCCUUACUUGAAUGCUUGCUUCUUGUUCCAAAAAUUGUAUUGAUUUACAUUUUUUACCUUGCUUUGUGUUUUCACUUAGACCGAAGAUGACAAAAUGUAUUUUGUUGACAUCAAAGUUGAUAAAGUAUGUAUGAUAUCGCCAGCGGGGCUGCUUGGUUAAAUAACAAAAUAAACACAUAUGUUCGGUUUAACUAUUUAGCACCA